AGCCAAGCCAUGUCCGAACGAGGCUCAUUCCGUGGAGGUGGUCGUGGCCGCGGCGGAGGAUAUGAUCGCUCUGGCGGCCGCGGCGGCCAUGGAAAAGGUGGCGGUGGUGGCGGUGCUCAGCAGGAAAAGCCCAAGAAGGAAAACAUCCUCGACCUGAAUAAAUACAUGGACAAGGAGGUCCGCGUAAAGUUCAAUGGCGGGCGAGAGGUCUCUGGAACACUCAAAGGAUAUGACCAGCUGAUGAACCUGGUUUUGGACGACGUCAAGGAGUCUAUGCAUGAUGACGAGGGCAACGAGAACACGCGGUCUCUCGGUCUCAUUGUCGCCCGCGGUACCUUGAUUGUCCUGAUCUCCCCUGCGGAUGGAAGCGAGCAGAUUGCCAACCCAUUCGUCCAGGCGGAGGAGUAAGCAGUGGCUGUUUGGUUGAAAGAGAUGCAUGUGUCCCAUCGAACGACGGGCGUCGCAAAGCCAAAGAAUCCAUCUCGGACUUGAGUGAUGCACAAGAGAUCCUCUAUGUCCUACAGCUUGACUGAUCACCACCGACUAGUUAUCACACCUGAAUCAUCCAUAUAUCUCCGGAUGGUUUGUUUAUCUCCACAUCUAUCCUCUUUAUAUAUCCCCGUCAGGCAGAGGUGGCAUUCAAAGCGUGCGGCCCGGGAUGGACCACGCAUGAGAAAAGGAAAAUAGAAUAUCUAAUGAAAUAAUGAGCAUAAAUCCAUCAUAUCUCUGCACAGAUUUGCAAUAGACAGUAUAUAAUGACAUCAUCUUCAAUCCAU